AUGAACGAAGACAAACCAGAGGAGCAUCAGCAAGAGGACACUUGCGAAGAGGCUCAUUUUCUGAAUGGCAACUUUAAUAAGCUUGCUGCAAGGGUCAAUUCAGUGAUGGCAAUAGCAGAUGAUAUCAAAAGUAAGAAGAUGAUACAUGAAGAAACUUACUCAGAGAUCAGAGCAGAAAAAACCAGUGAAGAGAAAAUGAGGACGCUUAUGACAGCAGUGUGCAAUAAAGGAGUUGAAGUUAUUAAAGCCUUUUAUGAUGCACUGAGUAUACAUGAACCAUACCUCUUCAAAGAGCUGGGUGGUGUUACUAGGAAACGCAAGCUUUGUUAUACUGAAUCCCAAGUACAAGUCAAAAGGAAAAUGGGCUCUUUAAAUCAAGAGCAGCCCCUUGCACCCAAAAAAGAGAGGAAGCCCAUCGCAUCCAAGACAGAAACCCCCCCUGCACCCAAGAAAGAGACGAAGGCCUCUGCACCCAAGACAGAAAACCCCCCUGCACCCAAGAAAGAGACGAAGGCCUCUGCACCCAAGACAGAAAACCCCCCUGCACCCAAGAAAGAGACGAAGGCCUCUGCACCCAAGACAGAAAACCCCCCUGCACCCAAGAAAGAGACGAAGGCCUCUGCACCCAAGACAGAAAACCCCCCUGCACCCAAGAAAGAGACGAAGGCCUCUGCACCCAAGACAGAAAACCCCCCUGCACCCAAGAAAGAGACGAAGGCCUCUGCACCCAAGACAGAAAACCCCCCUGCACCCAAGAAAGAGACGAAGGCCUCUGCACCCAAGACAGAAAACCCCCCUGCACCCAAGAAAGAGACGAAGGCCUCUGCACCCAAGACAGAAAACCCCCCUGCACCCAAGGAAGAGACGAAGGCCUCUGUACCCAAGACAGAAAACCCCCCUGCACCCAAGAAAGAGACGAAGGCCUCUGCACCCAAGACAGAAAACCCCCCUGCACCCAAGAAAGAGACGAAGGCCUCUGCACCCAAGACAGAAAACCCCCCUGCACCCAAGAAAGAGACGAAGGCCUCUGCACCCAAGACAGAAAACCCCCCUGCACCCAAGAAAGAGACGAAGGCCUCUGCACCCAAGACAGAAAACCCCCCUGCACCCAAGAAAGAGACGAAGGCCUCUGCACCCAAGACAGAAAACCCCCCUGCACCCAAGAAAGAGACGAAGGCCUCUGCACCCAAGACAGAAAACCCCCCUGCACCCAAGAAAAAGACGAAGGCCUCUGCACCCAAGACAGAAAACCCCCCUGCACCCAAGAAAGAGAAGAAGCCUCCCACACUCAAGAAAUAA